UAUGAAAUAGCUCAAUGGUUUUCUGUUUCCACUUGUUCUUCAGGAAGUGCUCGGGAUAAUCCACAUGAAGAACGAAUAGAAGAAAUAAAAAAAGAACUGCAAACCAACGGAACCGCUUCAGCUGCUGCAAAGAUCCAGACUCGUUUGGCCGAGCAGGAUCGUGUUCAGCUAAAUAUUGCGAUCGCAGGAGAGUCUGGUUCUGGUAAAUCCACCUUCGUUAACGCCUUUAGAUGCAUACCCAACGGAGAUAAGCUAAGAGCAGAAACCACCAAAGCUCCGACAUCAUACCCCCAUCCAAAUUAUCCCAAUGUUACCCUUUGGGAUCUUCCUGGUAUCGGCACCACCAGGUUUCCAGCUGACGAGUACCUGAAGAAGGUUGGAUUUGAAAGGUAUGACGUCUUCUUCAUCCUCUCAGCUGAUCGCUUCAGAGAAAAUGAUGUGAAGCUCGCUGAGGAGAUCCAGAAGAUGGGGAAGAAGUUCUACUUUGUUCGCUCAAAGAUUGACUACAACAUACGUGAUGAAGAAAGAAACUCGCGGGUCAGAGUCCAACGAAUUAAAAGACCCUUAAAGAAAUAAAGAAGUGCUGCAUUCGAGGUAAGUCUGAGGUUAAAACCUAAAUUUCGCCGG